AUGGCCGAACCAACAACGUUGUCGGUGCAUCGAUGCAGAUUCGUUGAUUUUGCGCCGUCAGCAAUAACGGCCUUGGCGCUGCCACCGCUCCCUCUGCCGUCUCCAAAGGGGAAAAAUCCAGCACCGUCGAAGGAGGCUCCGAAAUUCGGGACUUUGGCCGUGGGCCAUGCUAACGGCAAUAUCGACCUCUGUGAAUGGUCGCCGAGGCAGCUGCAGUCGUCCCAAGCUUGGGUAACGCGUCAGACCCUAUCUGCACCCUACCCCUCGAAAGUCGACUCCCUCGUAUUCGUGAUAAGACACCCGGAACGACUACCGUCUGAGAGUGUCCCAUCAUGCUCUGAUCUUCGGUUAUUCAGUUCUGGCGGAGGAAGCGACCUGUUGGAAUGGGAUCUCGAGAAGGAUUGCGUCCGCCGUACCCUUGGCUCACAAGGGGGUUCGAUAUGGUGUAUGGCUGCUAAUCCGGCAUCUAGCACCCUUGCACUCGGUUGUGAAGACGGCACGGUCAGACUGAUAUCACUGGUCCACGAUACAUUAACGCACCUCCGGAAAUUCGACAAAGUAAAAUGCCGCAUUCUGAGCCUCGCGUGGGGCCCACCGAUUCCUCGCGCAACUCAGACAUCUACGCAGAAAGACGAUGAUGACUCUAGCGAAGACGAAGAAGAGGAUUGGACGGAUUCAUGGAUAGUAACGGGAGGCUCGGAUAGUAGUUUGCGGAAGUGGGAUGUCUCUACUGGCAGAGUUGUUGACAGAUUGAUGGUGGACAAGACCAGAGGGGAACGGACGCUUGUAUGGACAGUCGGGGCUCUAGGCGAUGGUACGAUAAUCUCCGGCGACUCGCUGGGAAACGUCAAAUUCUGGGAUUCACGGACGUGCACCCAGAUCCAAAGCUUCCCGGCACACGGAGCAGACGUCCUCUGUUUGAUCUGCGGACCUGAUGGCGGAACCGUCUAUACGUCUGGCGUCGAUCAGAAAGUCACUCAGUUCUCAUUCAUCAAAGCACAACAGGGCAACUCGACUACAACAAAAUCUCCCGCGAGUCGCUGGGUCCAGUCUGCCUCCCGCCGACUACACGCUCACGAUGUCCGAGCCUUAGCUAUGUGGCCACCGUACACCAUCCUUCCCUCUUCCCACAGGCGCCGGUAUCCUAUCGACGUCGCGCCCAUUCUAGCCUCCGGUGGCUUGGACAUGACGGUGGUAUUGACCCCCGCUGCCCUCUCUACGAACACCAUCGUGAAAGUGAUCAACCCGCUCAACACUAGUUCGCAUGCCACCUUCGACGACGCGUAUCAUAGGAAGAUAGCCUACACCACCGGCCCGUCAUCGACGUCUGGUUUGUGUAUAGCGAAAGCGACGCGGUUGUUGACGUGUAUGCGCGAACGCAGCCUGAGCAUAUGGAGAAUACAUCCGAAGGCGUCGGCGGUAGACGAGGAAGAUGCUGAAGGUGUCACACCCGUCGAAGGAAGAGGGUGGGAUAAAGUGUUGGACAUGGAACUUAACGUCAAUACCAACCUCGUCGCAUGUCGAAUAUCCGACGAUGCUCGCUGGUUAGUGGUUUCAGAUCUGUACGAAACAAAAUUGUUCUCGUUGAACGAAGUGGAUGGCGACAUUAUUCCGUCAAGGAUACGAGACUUCUCAUCCACGAUAAAGGCACAGCUCCCUGAAGCAAAUGCUACGACCGGAGCGCUAGCUUUCGCCUUCACGCCAGACUCAUCGAAACUAGCCAUGUCGGUAGCCCUCUCCGGCUACAUCUUGAUCAUCGACCUCCACUCUCAUGACGAAAAGCCAACUGUCCUCCGUCGGUUUAACCAGCACCGGAAAAGCAAUGGAUAUAUUGGCAAUCGCGUCGUGCGGGGACGCCGUGCAGUCGACGCGGACCUAUCCUCGGGUUCAGAAGCCGAAGAGGAUGAAAAAGACGAGGAAGAGAUCGAAGAACAGAAACCAAUCCUCGCUCGUAUAACGAGGAUGGUCAUCAGCGCUGAUGGCCAAUGGUUAGCCACUUCUGACGACCUAUCCCGGACUCAUAUAUUCAACAUGGACUCGAUACAACACCACUGCAUCCUCCCCUCCUCCCCGCUGCCCGUCCAGACGAUGUCAUUCGACCCCAAGCAGCCGAAUAUCCUCAUCAUGGCGUUCCCGAACAACACGAUGCAGAUCUACGAUGUCGAGGCGAAGCAGUCCCCCAUUUGGGCGCAGGAUUUCUGCAAUUCGCUGCCGAAACGGUUCACGCAUGCCCAUGACCCGGUGCUGGGUAUCGCUUUUGAUUCGAUAGCCCCCGCGGCGUCGGAUAUGGUCGUUGACUCGCCUGCGCCUGCGCCGCAACGCUUCGUUCUCCUUUGGGGCUCGACUUGGAUAUGUAAACUAAACUACAACCCUUUGGGUGGGAGGGUGAGCAAGAAACGCCACCGCGAGACCAAUGCCGAAACCUCUGAAAGCCAGACUCAGACUGCCCGGCACUUUAAAAUGAUCACGCAGUAUAGACCGAUACUCUAUGUCGACUUCGUGGCAUCUGGGGAAUUGGUAGUCGUGGAGCGACCUCUGGUAGAUGUGUUGGCAACAUUACCACCUGCUUACUUCAAACCAAAAUAUGGCGCAUCAUAA